CUAACAUAUAUAUUUUGGUAUUACUUAUGAGGCUGGUCCUAACUCUUCUACUUAUAAGCAUAAUCUGUGCUUUAUUCUGGUACUUCCUGAACUCCACUCUGAACCUCCUUCUCUUAAUCAAAAUGGAAUUCUGGAGGAAAAAGAGAGCCUGUAUUAAAGCAGGAAACCCUAGAGGCAACAGCAAUGGUAAGACAAUGAAGAAGAAAUAAUGUAGCAAGAAAAGGAAAGGUCUCAAAAGAUCAAAGACAAGAUCAAGGCUAAAGAAAACUCUAAUUCUAAAAUUGACAAGAAGGAGCUCCAAGUCCUUUUCAAGUCUAAGAAGAAGGCUAAAAAGAAGUGGCUCAUCAUUGGUAAACUGACUCAAAUAUUUUACCGAUCUUAGUCGAAUUAUGAUAGAGGAGGAACUUUAGAGUAGCCAUGAGCUUGGCACAACCUUCUUGACCGGUUCCAUUACGUGUCUUUUAGGGUUUGAGAAAUGACUCAAGGGAAGAUAUUGCAUGCCUAGCAUUUCAAACUGGUAAUGAUUUCAUUUGAAACUUUUGGCUUUCAAGAUAUUAUAAUUGAUAAAUACCAAAGGCCUUUAGAUAUUACUGAUGAGUAGUCCUGAUUGUAAGCCAUUUUGGAGAGUCAAAAAAUGUCAGCUCUCCAUUUAUGAAUAACAGAGAUCUUCUGUGCCUAUUGCAAUAAUAGUAAUUUCGAUAAAUCGUUAUUUUGAUUGAAAUGGUUCAGCAGAAAGCAUUUGAAAAUGCAGUUUUAAUAUGUAGUUUUAAACAUUACUGACAGAAUUUAUAAAAUUCAGAUUUAUUCAAGAUCCCUUAGCAGUAAAACCUUCAUAACCAGUCAAAGAGCAACUUUAAUCCAAAGAUUUUUCAGAAACUGUACACCAGAUUGAAAACCAAGAUAGUGUCCAGAGCAUCAAGGAGAGAUUUAGCAACAAUUUU